GAUACCGUUCUGGAAUCCCGCGUAUGUGGCCUCGAGUUCCAUGAUGAAAGAAAGGUGGCAUAUAAAUGGACGAAAUAAAUAAAGCGAUAAGAACCUUGAGGGUAACAGGACCACGAAACAUUUGCCGGAGAUGCUUCCCUCUGGGUUGUGGAAGUAGGAUGUUAGAACAUCAAGAAGAAGAGGAGCUCACCACUGUGCGUGUUCAAGAUCCUCGUGUGCAGAACGAGGGCUCCUGGAACUCUUAUGUGGACUACAAAAUAUUCCUCCAUACCAAUAGCAAAGCCUUCACAGCCAAGACAUCCUGUGUUCGUAGACGAUACCGUGAAUUUGUGUGGCUGAAGAAACGGCUGCAGAAAAAUGCUGGCUUAGUGCCUGUCCCAGAGCUUCCAGGGAAGUCCACCUUCUUUGCAGGCAGCACCGAUGAAUUCAUUGAGAAGCGAAGACAAGGACUCCAGCAGUUCCUGGAGAAGGUAGUACAGAAUGUUGUGCUCCUUUCAGAUAGCCAGCUACACCUCUUCCUCCAGAGCCAGCUCUCUGUUCCAGAGAUUGAAGCUUGUGUCCAGGGUCAGGGCCCUCUGAGUGUUACAGAUGCCAUUCUCCAUUACGCCAUGUCUAACUGCGGUUGGGUACAGGAGGAGGACAGCCAUUCAACUCUGCUGGCCAGAGGGGACUUUAGCAGCAGCUCUUUGGAACCCCUCCCUCAUUGGAGUGAUGUCAGUAUGGAAGACAGCCAACUGGAGAGCCAAGAUUCUGAGGAAGAUGAGCUGCUGCAGGUUGGCUCCAUACCAUCAGCUGACCUUGUCAAGGAAUAGAGAGAACAAGAAGGAAAAGGAUCCAGGAUUUGUCUGAAGAUGUAUGUUAAUCUCUAGCCCUUUCCUGGAAAUUGCAUUGCUAUGAAAACUCCAGAGUCCAACUCCUGUACUGUAACUGGUGACCCGAGUGGACAACCAUUCUGGACCAACGGGAAUGUUUUGAGGAGCUAUUGUGCAUGCCUGGGAAUAUUGAUGCAGAUCUAAAUUAUACAAUGUAGCUCCUGUUCUUCUGGCCUGAUCCUGCCUUGUAGAAAAAGAAAAUAACUGGCUUCCAGCAAGGCAUGUCAAUUUAUCACUUCUUCUCCCACCUUCUGUAGAUUUUGGCAAACAAACUUACGCAGAAAGCUGCUCAGUUUUGUUUUGGCUGCAUUCCCGUUCUCUCCCCCUCCCCUCCAUAGCUAGUAGUGUUUCUCAGAGAGGCCCAGCUGUCUUUGGUUACCCUGUAGGCGUGUCAAAAACAGUUCGCCUGGGGUUGGACUUUCCUUUGUUACACAGAGCCAGAGAGCCCACCUGCUGGCUGUGGAUGCCAAGCCCACAUCUGGGUUUCCCUGGCGGAGCUGCAUGCAGCCAGGAUGAGUGGCUGGGCACCCUCCUCAGCUCAUUAGCACCAGGACUGAUUCUUCUAGUUAGAGACCUUCUGUAGGAGGGGUGUGUUAGGAAUGUAGAAGGAAAAUUGGAAGGUUAUUCUGUCACCCUUUUGCAUGUUUGAUGCAUGUCUCGGGGAUGAGUCUUUCCUUGGUAUUUCACUGUCUUCCACAGCACACAACUUGAUAAUGAAACCCAUCAUAUGCUCGAGAAAUAAAAUGCCCCUCUCUGAACCCCCCCACCAUGUAUCUUUGUUAGGGUACUUGAUCUCCCCGUAUUGUCACUGUUUAGGCAACAGACCAGAAAUCCUAUAGAUUUGAAUAUUUGCAAAGUCCUCUGACAUGCCCAUUCUUGUUUGGGUAGGAGCUAAUGCAGAGCUAAAAACAACAUGCUCAAAUGGGCUGGAGAUCUUGCUGAAACAGUCCUUUUUCUUCCUUUUUUUCUGUCUCUUCACCCCCACCUCCCACUCCCAAUUUGGUGUGCUACAAAAUUAGGGUACUGAUUAUACCUGUAUAAGCGCCUCCUUCAUGUUAAUGAAAGGCUAGCAAGUUUCUUGCCUUUCAUCUUAAACUCUGAUGCCAAGACAAUUCUUGCUAAAAAUGGCAGAUUCAGUCUGUGGGCUGUGAGUUUUAAAAUGGCAUAGAAACUCCUCGGCGAAAAGUGCCUUGAUUUUUUCCCCCAGACCUCCUUCUCUCUUUCUCCCCCCUAAUAUUCUCAAUAAAACAUCGAUGAAAGGAGAACUGCUAUUAUUCUAUAA